AUGGACCACUCUCACCACAUGAUGGACCACAGUGGCCACGACAUGCCCAUGCCCGAUAUGCCCGGCCACGGCGACAUGCCCGAAAUGUGCAGCAUGAACAUGAUCUUCAACUGGGACACAAAGGGCAUGUGCGUGGUGUUCCCCUGGUGGCACGUCAAGACCCAUGUGGGCAUGAUUCUGACCGUCAUCGCCGUGGUCUUCAUCUCCGCAGGAUACGAAUACGUGCGAAAGCUGUCGCGGGACAUUGAUGCCGCCUUCAAGGGCUCCGACUGUGAUCUGGAACCGAUUAUUAAUCCAGACGUUCGACCUUCGGACCAGAAAAAGAUCCGAAUCUACAAGUCCAUCUUCUAUGGAUUCCAAGUGGGCUACAGCUUCUUACUGAUGUGA